UAGAAUUUAGUGCUCAUUUAGUGCUAACAAAAUAUCCAUAUCCUGAAUUUUGUGCUCUUUAUUUAUUUAAAAAAUCAGGUGGGCAAGCUAGCUUUACGUUCAGUUGGCUUGUCCAGUCUUAGUACAGUUGUGCACAACAAAAAAAAGGGAGUAGUGAAAUGUUGUGCAACAACUGCAAUGCUGUAAACAACGUACAACAAAUAAUCGACUUAGGAAAAGAAGAAAAUUGGCGUGGUCAAGUCACUAAGGCAUCAAAAAAUACAACUAAAAAAUCGAGAACAAAAUCUGCAAAGUUAUCAAAAUACUUGGAUCAAAACCAAACUACUUUUGAUUCACUGUUUCAAGAUAAUUUGCAGAAAGUGCCUAUUCUGAAGAAUGGAAAUGCUUUAAAUUUAAAGGGUGUGAAAAUUAAAAAACAAUUGUAUUCAUUUUAUAACACGUGUGCAAUAGAUUCAAUUGUACAAUCGUUUAUUGUUGGAGCAAUAGACCAUUCUGAAGUCGAAAAUGCAUUAAAAACAUUACAAAAGGAUUGUCCAUUUAUUGCACUUGCACUAUAUAUAAAAAAGAUGGGAGUUGCACAAUCUUAUGUAAAACGAGGCAGAAUUUUACUGGAGUUUCAUGAAAGUGCUAUACAGAAGACACUAAACAAAACAAAUAAUGAACUUCAAAAAGUAAUACACGUAGACUGCAACACAAAUGCUUUUGACAUGAUGUUAAAAUUAAUUGAAAAAUUACCAAUUAACAGAAUAGUCAUAAACUGUAAUAAUGGUUGCCCUCAAAGAACCCGAGAAACGAAUUAUUAUUUUUUGGAUAACUUACUCUUUAAGAAAGCUUUAAGCGAAGUGGAAAUGCAAGAAGCAUUAACAGCUGACAGAGGUUGUAGCAGAAGAGGAUGCUUAGGACAAUCAGAAGUGCAAUAUGAUUCAAGUGGUACGUUUUAAAUGAUUAAAAUCAACAAAACUAUUUUAUUUUUCACGUGUACACAUAAAUUAAAGAAAAUCCAUAUACUUAAAAUAAUUUCUUUACAGGUCCAAUUAUCUUAAUUCAAUUAACGGACAUCAGGACAUUCACUCAUCCGGAUAACAUCCCGAUAAAAUUUCCCGAUGUACUUUGGACCUCUGAUUAUUAUUUACUGGUAGGAGUAAUCCGUUACAUUAACAAUGACCUUACGUCGACUAAUGGAUUAGGAAAACUGUCAAUGGGACACUACACAACAAUCUGUCGCAGAAAUAAUCUGUGGACCGAGUUUAAUGAUCUCAAUGCAGGAACACAAAGAACUCUAACCAAAGAUGUGGACAAAAAAGUCAACAUAGAAUUUCUAAUAUACAUUAAAGUUGAAAAAACGUAUAAAUAAAAUCAAUUAAAACUGUAUCACCAUGCCUUUAUAUUUAGACUGUAAUUCUUUUCUACAUUAAUAAAGAGCACCAAAUUUGA